AUGGUUAAAUUCAGCGAUGAACUGAAGAAAGCUUGCUCCGACAUAAAACUCGAUAUAUCCGGUGAAGCAACACCUGAAACUACUGGAUUUUUCGAGGUCACCGUUGAUGGAAAAUUAGUUCAUUCAAAAAAAGAUGGUGAUGAGUUUCCAGAUACGAAGGAGAAGAUGGAUAAGAUCGUGAAAGCGAUCAAAGAAGCCAAAUAA